GUUUCCUGGAACCUGGAAGCCCGUGUUUUGCUAUUAUUCACUUUUGGCCAAAGGUUUUGUUCUCAAGGAUACGAGGUUUAUGGAUCUCACGAACAUGCAUUAGGUGUAGCGAGUUCGUCUUAUAAAUCCUUAAGGGCUGCUAAUGUCGACUUUUCUUUGUCAAAAAGGAAAAGCAAUGAAGCGAAGUAUUGUUUGAUUGGGUUCUUGAAAGUACGAGGCGUUUGGAUCAUGGUGUCUAUGCAAAUGCUGAGGUUGAUGAAAGAGGAUUAUGAGGCAUUGAGGUAUUUUGUAUGUCAAAUUUUGCACAUUGAGGCAGAAAAGGCUCACCGAUCUGUGACCUGUUAAUAUAUAACAGCAGGCACGAACAUAUCUGUAGGUCAGUUACGGAAGUGAAGGGGACCAAUAUGAAAGAUUAGAGAGAAAGUUCACGGGCGUACAGUCUCCACGAAAAGUCUUGCUUAUGUCCUUUCUUUUAGUGGAAAGUUUGAGCGAGGAGUACAAUGUUUUAGGACGAAGGCUUGCCGGUGUAGCAACUGACUUGAAAGAUUUGUUCACUGUUGCAUCCCACAGAAGUUACUCCACCUUGUUUGUUUCCCCAAAGAAUAUUUAAAAAAUUCGCGUUUCUUCCCUCGUAUGUUACGACUCGGUUUCGUCGGUUUCGUUCAGCUAGUAUGAUUAUGCUUACAAUACAAGUACUGAUCCGGUUCACAAUUAUCGAAAUAACAUACGCCUGUGGAUAUGCUAUCCAACAGAAUGUUUUCACUUUCAAAUUCAAAUUCACUGUCAGCUCUUCUUUCGUUGGGAUCCUCAACCGCUAGGCUGCAGUUGAUAACGCGGGUAGCACCCAACUAUCUUCAAAGUACCCUGCUUUGAGCCGGAUCAUCAAGAACGUCACCUGAAAAAUCUUUUCGAUCUCCAACUCUUCCAUCUCAAGUUCAACAAUUAAGAGCGCCUAUAAAUCCCUAAGAAUUUUGAUAUUAUGGUUGUUCUCGACUCCCUACCCGGAAUUGAGGUCGCAGUAUGUGUUGAUGGCGAGCCAUUGAAAGAAUAUGAGAACACCGAAGAUGAGUUGAUGUUGAAUGAACCAGAAGGACUCGGCAAGACGUUUGAAGUCGCUAGACAUCAGCGUUCUGUGACUGUUAGAAAGUUCGUCGAAUCUACCGCCGGCAAAUUCUUUACCAUUAAAUGCUCCGUCAAGACCCCAUAUAUAUAUGCAGGCGCUUGUACGCACAUUUCAUUUUGCUCUUCUAUUGAUGGCGAGAACCUGUCUUGGGCCCCUCUUUUCAAUAAAGAAACAUAUGAAAAGAGUAGUUCUAACUUGACUCGAGAGGUCGAGGGAAAUUUGUAUAAGGAAGAAGGAAAACUACUACUACAGAGAUUACAGUUCACAGAGACGCACUUGACUCAGUGGGAUAAUUCGAUCGAAGCAGCGAUUCGGCUUGACGGAAAAGGACGUUACGUGGGUGAAAUUGAAGUGAGAGUCUUUCGAGAAAUGUCCCCAUCAAAAGCGAGUCUUGUAAGCACAGCUCCGUUAGUCAGUAAAACCAAGGUUCCAGAGAACUUGUUGAAGGGCCAAGCAAAAUCGCAUAGCACAUUUUAUGGACCAUCGGCUGAUCUUGGGGAUAGAUUCAGUCAGGGAGAGGCUGAAAAAGAAGGCAAAUAUGUGAGAAUGACAUGCUGUGAUGGUGGAAGAGAGUAUCCUAUUGGAAUUUUCAAUUUUCAAUAUGGCUCGAAAGGAGAUCUUGAAGCAUUAGGUGUUAUUGGAAGAAUGCCGGGGCCGGAGCCAGAGUCAUCGUUUGGUUUAGGUCAUGAUUUUGAGCCUCUACCUAUGCCGAUGAGUGAAGUCCAAGCUCCUGUGAAGCUAUCUCGGGAUACGAUAAAAGAAGCGGAGGCAGAGGCAAAGCUAUCAAACAAAAAGAGUCGUGGCGGAUCUACUUUCGAACUACAGGCAAUCAGAUUUACCCCUCUAUCAAUCAAGCAUGAAGUUCAAGACGCUGAACAUGGCCAAAAUUCUACCCCGACAGCCCCUUCAGUACCUGCCGGAACUUCUGAUGUUACAUCCCCAAUAACUUCUACAUCUUGGCAUCUUCUAGAUCUAGAUCCAACACAGACUGGACAAUUGUUUGGACAGUUCCUGCAAUACUUACAAACACAAGGAGGCGGGCAGCCCUCACACGCACCUCCGCCACUCCCAGUAGGAACCAUUUUUGCAGCUCUUCCCAGUCUACCAACAUCCACCAGUAGCAGUGAAAUUGCUACUACAGCUACUUUAACGCCACCAGUCAAGCGCGAGAAAGAAGAAAAUAGGGACGAGAGUCGCAAAAGAGGUCGCAAAUUUAGGGGAAAAGUUACUAUUGACCUUACAGAGGACGAUUCUGAUGACGACGUUAUGAUUAAUCUUGAUUCAGAUUGAGAUUUACAAAUGUCUCUGGGAUCAACGAGUACCAAACAACAUCUGCGGUCAUCUAGGUUGAUUUUUCUGAGCUGGGUCUUACGCCAUCAAUCUAAUUAUUACAAUGCUUUCGUUACGUUUUGAAAUUAUUAUGGGCGCUUGGUAAAUUUGAGGGUAAUCCAAGGAACACAUCGUUGAAUAACAUCGUUAAGCUACUGGGAUGUUUUUUUGAAGAAAAGAUAAAGCUUGCUGGCGGUUCAUAGCAAUUCAAUACUCCUGGC